CACAGAGAGAGAGAGAGAGAGAGAGAGAGAGAGAGAGGAAGGGAGGACAGGGUUUAGGCUGUUGUGUUGUGUAGCAGUAUUCAUCUGAAGAAAAAUCGUAGAGAGAGAAAGAAUGAGAGAAAUAAUAAGCAUACACAUCGGGCAAGCCGGGAUUCAGGUCGGGAAUUCUUGCUGGGAGCUGUACUGCCUCGAGCAUGGUAUUCAGCCAGAUGGCAUGAUGCCUAGUGACACCACGUUCGGUGUGGGACAUGAUGCUUUCAACACCUUCUUCAGCGAGACUGGCUCAGGAAAGCAUGUACCCAGAGCUAUAUUUGUUGAUCUUGAACCUACGGUUAUUGAUGAAGUUCGAACUGGAACUUAUCGCCAGCUUUUCCACCCGGAACAGCUCAUCUCUGGAAAGGAAGAUGCCGCCAACAAUUUCGCUAGAGGCCAUUAUACUGUUGGGAAAGAGAUUGUUGAUUUAUGCCUUGACCGAGUAAGGAAGUUGGCUGAUAACUGCACAGGCUUGCAAGGGUUUUUG